AUGGGACUCCUUAAACACUUUUUUAUUGCUGUGAUUUCACUCUCACUCUUUUUGAGUAUAGAUGCUGAGGAAACAAAAUCCUCACAGGGUUGUGGUUUUCCAGCCAUAUUCAACUUUGGUGACUCCAAUUCAGACACUGGCUGCAUGUCAGCAGCAUUUUACCCAGCAGCUUUGCCAUAUGGUCAGACCUUCUUUCAUGAGGCAGCAGGGAGAGCUUCUGAUGGUCGCCUUAUUGUAGACUUCAUUGCCAAGCAUCUAGGUUUGCAAUACUUGAGUGCAUAUAUAGACUCAGUUGGAUCAAGCUAUGGCCAUGGUGCAAACUUUGCUGCAUCAUCAUCAACCGUUAGGAGGCAGAACAGAACCUUCUUUGAUGGUGGUAGUCCUUUCAGUCUUGAAAUUCAGGUCGCACAGUUUAUCCAAUUUAAGACUCGCACAGCCAAGUUCUACAAGCAAGGACAGGGAAAUUCCUUUCCAAGGCCAGAGGACUUUGCCAAAGCCAUCUAUACAUUCGACAUUGGGCAAAAUGACAUUGCUGCUGCUCUCCAAAGAAUGGACCAGGAAAAUUCUGAAGCAGUGAUCUCAGACAUAGUGGACCAAUUUUCAAACCUGCUUAUAUAUUUAUACAGUGAAGGAGCAAGAACAUUCUGGAUCCACAACACAGGCCCCAUUGGGUGCCUCCCAGUGGCCAUGCCUAUACACAAUGCCUACAAUUAUACUCCAGUGGCUGGAUAUCUUGAUCAAAACGGCUGCGUCGUGCAUCAGAACGAUAUGGCCAAAGAGUUCAACAGAAAGCUCAAUGAUUCAGUGGUCAAACUGAGGGCACUGUACCUUGAUGCCUCAUUUGUGUAUGUGGACAUUUUCUCUGCAAAGUAUGAGCUAAUCAGUAAUGCUAAGAAACAAGGAUUCGUUGACCCAUCUGAAAUUUGUUGUGGAGUUCAUGAGGGUGGCAUGCACUUCUUCUGUGGGAAUUACAAUGCUAGUAUUAAUGGCAGAGAAGUUUAUGCUGGUUCAUGCCAAGAUCCUUCAUCACACAUUAGCUGGGAUGGUGUGCACUACACUGACGCAGCAAAUAACUGGAUCGCAAAUCGCAUUGUCACUGGAUCAUUCUCAGAUCCACCUCUUCCUAUUACACAUUCAUGCUCGUUAGCGUAA